AGUAUCAAAUGAAUUCCAAGUCGAGGCGCACGUGUUUUGUCCUUUGGCGCGACUGUGAAUCCAAGUCCUUCUUAUCGCAGAUGGUAAACUUCGCUUCGAAAGGAUAUCUCGCAGUAGCGCUUUCUACUGCGGUGUCGCGGUUUCUCGCGUAGGACAGCAUUUAAAUGCCGUGGAACCACGUUUCGCAUGUUUUUUCAACUAGCGCGUGACGAAAGUAAAAAGAAUGCACUUCAAGAACGACUGAGCGUGUUCUUCAUCAUUUAAUUUGCAGUUAUGUAAAGCAAAAUAGCUGAUAUUGGGGGACACUCAAACAACCGCCUUUGGGGUGAAUAAAUAUAUCUAAUUAAAAUCAAGCAUAACCAGCCAGCUAAAAGGACCAUGGCCAUGGAAGGCAAAUGCCUCGGCUGCAUCGCUACGUCAAUCCUCGUAAUAAUGAUAAGCAUUUCGAGAGCAUGGACAAUGCAGCACCAACAUUUAAGUCCUGCCAUCCAACAGCAUCCUGGAAUUAAAUCAUUAUCUAAUAUCGUGGACAGCAAUAACAACCUGUUGCCCAUAGUUUCCGCGCCAUCGAGCGUUGAUAAUGAUUACGUUUACAUUGCAUCGGUCAAUAGCAAGUUUCCCCAGUUCGGAAAUUCCCUGGACGACGACCAGGAGGCCGAGGAGCAGCAGCCAGAUGAGACCACCUAUCCGCCGCCCCUCUUUGACUUCGGAAUGCCCAGGAACAUUACGACCAGGACGGGACACACAGCGGCCAUCAACUGCCGCGUCGACAAUCUGGGAGAUAAAUCGGUAUCCUGGAUAAGAAAACGCGAUUUGCACAUUCUGACUGCAGGCAUUUUGACCUACACAUCUGAUGAGCGUUUCAAGGUGGUGCGGACCGCCGACUCCAAGGACUGGACAUUGCAUGUGAAAUAUGCCCAGCCACGUGACAGCGGCAUCUACGAAUGCCAAGUGAAUACGGAGCCAAAGAUUUCGAUGGCAUUCCGCCUGAAUGUCAUAGUAACGCCGCCAGAUGCCAAGGCGAUUAUUGCCGGCCCGACGGACUUGUACGUCAAAGUGGGCAGCAGCGUAACACUCACAUGCCUCGUGAAGCAGCCGGCGACGUCGGCGCAGGAUAUUGGGCCAAUUUACUGGUACCGCGGGCCCUACAUACUGACACCAUUCGUGGCCCAUCCGAACGACGCGGCCAUCGAUUUGCAGCGCAUCUCCAUGGAGUCCACGCUGGCAGAGAAGCUGCAGAGCAGAUUACGCAUUGCCAAUGCUCAGCUCCUGGACACGGGCAACUAUACGUGCAUGCCGACCACAGCGGAAGCGGCCAGCGUGGUGGUCAAUGUCAUCAAUGAUGAGAGCCCCGCAGCGAUGCAGAAGAGCAGAGCCAUCCGAACAAGUGGCAGCAGUCGCAGCAGUCGACUGGUCCUCCUCCUGGCCAUGGUGGCCAGUUCCGUCGUGCGAUGGCUUUUUGGUGGCUGCCACAUCGGCAUCGGCAUCAGCGACAGCUGCUGCGAACCCCGCUCGAAUUUAUCCACUCUGCAUAUCAAUUAUAGCAACCUGCACGCAAAAAUCACCAGGCAUUUGGAGAAGCAUCGGUGUUCGGACGAAUCAUGAUAAUUAAGUAGUAGCCAAUUUUAAAGGAACAUCUUGUAUAUAAACUGAAUUCAUAGUUAAGCGUAAUUAUUUGUGUAAAGCCGAGAGAUAAGAGAUGGGAAGACCGCUAAACUGUACAAUGUAUACAUUAAUUAGUUUAUGUUACUGCCUUUUCGUCCCAGAAUUCAGUGUUCGGUUAUCAAACUUUGUUUCUGAAACAUUCAGCAUUUUGCAUUUAUCCAGAAUUAAAGUGGUUUCCCAUCUGACAUACUCUAAACUAAACUAUAACUAUAUUUAAUGCUAAUUUUUAUGCCUAGCGUAAAUAUUUCUGUAACGAUAAAAAUAAAAGAUGGUGCCCAAGUAA